UUAGUAAUAGCGCCAGUUUCCCGGCUUUUUCGCCACAUCCAGACAUUUUUUCUUAAAUACAGGAAAACAGAAAAUGAAUUUCAACAGGAGCAAUUGCUCGCCACUGAGCAGAAACCCGGUGGUGCAGCGCAGCCUGGACCUGCGAUUACGGACCGCCCAGGCGCGUUACUAUCUCAAGUGGUGCUCCAUAAAUGUUUUGCUUUUGUCGCUGCUCCUCUUCGACAUGUGCCAGGCAUGCAGCUCCGUCUACCGGACAUACUGGUUCUUGGCUGAGUGCACCAUAACCGGAUUGAUAGCUCUAAGUGCACUGGCCUGCUUCGGCAAAUAUUUGUGGUUAUGGUUUGGCGGUGACCAGGUGAUAGGGACCAAUAGCCAAAAGUGCCUGCUGGACGGAAAGGAAGAGAAUUCGUUUAAGACGGUCUGCGCUCGUACCGUGAAAAAACCACGCAGCUACGAACCCGACAGCGAUUUGGAAGACGACAUUCCCAUUAUCAACUGGCACUCCUCAUUCGAGGACUCCUGUUGGGGCUCGCAGUCCAUGCGUCGCAGUCCCAGUCCCACAAGGACUCCUCAGCAGACAAACCAAAACACCUCCUACAACUCGUCGAUGGUGCAGAACAACUCGUUGAAUGCCAGUAACCUGAGCAACGAGUCAAAUUACAUGUCGCCCUACGCAGAAGUACGCCGAGAUGAUUUCAUCACCGAUAUCCGGAAGUUGCCCGGUCUGAUAAAGCAGGCAGAACGCGAGCGUAGCUUAGUAGAUACCUCUGAAACACCCAAUGUCCAGAGCAUGGGCUCCGCCAACUCUUUUUGGAACUACUGCAACAAUGCGGCGUAUAUGCUGAAAACCACCAUAUACCAGUUGUCGCCGGCGCCGGCAGUUUCUACGGAAAAUGCUCCAACAUCGAUUGAGGAGUUUGGUGGUUUUCAGUUUAGGGACAGCAAUUCAGAGGUCAUUAAACGUAUCUCCACGGACAAACUGUCGCAAUACGUGGCCAAUCUAAGAUUUUGGAUUUCCACUACAAUACUGCAGCGUUUGGUUAAGGAGAUCAACUAUGUGGACGACGUGUUUCGGCAGCGGGGUCUGCUUGACCUAAAGAUCGGAGCUGUGAGCCUAGAGAGGCUGCGCAAGACGGCCGAUAACCAGCAGUUCGUACAGACAUGUGCGCCUAUGUUGCCUAUGCUUCUGCCCUUUCUGGACACCUUUAUCAAUCAGGAGUACCUGGUGCAGCGGAUAAAAGAGCUGUCACAGGGAUCCUGCAUAGCCGAUUACCGCUGGAACUCGGGCAAAACUCAUAAUGGCCAGGAAUGGGGCGAGCAUUUGCCCACUGAUGCAGCGAUAUUGUUCCAUUUGUUCUGUGUGUACUUGGAUAGCCAACUGAUGCCGUUGCCGCAGGGCGGUGGGCGGCCCUUCCACUCCCGCUACGUCCUUAUCCGCGACGAGAAACGCUCUACCAAGGAUGUACUUAACGCAGUCCACAACAAGGCCCAUUGCGCCAUUUUGACCACCAGUAACCAGCUUAACCCUAAAUUUAAUUUCAUAAGUGACAAGGAGCUGCAUAAUUGCGUGUACGACAGAAACAACCUUUUCUACGUGAUCAUCCAGUUCUUGAUAUACAUGCGCCAACAACAGGAAUCAGCGCUGGAGUGCGUCAAUCUGGGCAAGAGCGGCAUCAACAUAAUGUGCGUCAUCGAAGACUGAGCUGGCCGCUAAUCGGGAUAACUGGCCAUGACUACUUAUAAGCCCACCUCUAAACUUUCGUUACUACUAAGCAUCUUUCUCUACGUCGACUAUCUUUCGGUGCCCGUUGAUAUUCCUCAUCACUCGUUACUAUUAAAUUAUGCAUUUGUAAUUAUUAAGUUGACAUACGACUGCACUAUGUGGAAUUUGACCCGUUUUUGUGGCCAAAAUUAAUAUUUUUAAAAUCAACAAGAUUUUCCACUCUAGGUUUCUUGUAUAA